AUGGGAUUGGUUAAUUCAAAACUAAAUAUUAAGAAAAAAUUUAUUAGAAUAAAAAGUAUUAAAGUUAAAAAACUUGACAAUACAUCAGAGGUCUAUGAUUCCGAUGAUUCUAUUGAUCGUUUAUCAGUUGAAGACUUUGCAAAAGAAGAAUAUGAAGGUUAUGGAGUAUGUAAAAUAAGACAAAAAGGACAUAUUAUUUGUUCUGAUAACGUUGAAGAAUUAGAUGAUGAACAGUUAAAAAUUCGAAAAGAGUUUGAAGAAGCAGAUAAACAAAUUCCUGAUAUUGCAACGAAUGCUUAUGCACAAAUGCAUCCAAAAACCACGUGGAAGAGUCAAUAUUUAAAUUUACCAAAGUUUCCAGAUUCCCAAGACCAUGAACAUCUAGAGGAUAUUAUACUGUUUGAACACGAAGAAAUUAAAGAAAAUCAUGAAAAUCACGAUACUAUAAAGAAGAUUGAAAAUAUACAAAAUUAA